CAUAAAUGUACUGAACAUGCAUGGCGUCAAUUAUAGUUGAUGACAGAAGUACUAUCGAGGGUAACAGGAAAAUUCAAUACUUUGACCGUUAAAACCAUACAAUAAUGAAAAUAAAUGAUACCCAUGGUCACUGGACAUUGGAGCUGACGAUGGAAUCAUUAGAUAUACCGCCUGGCUACAUUUACCCUGCUUUUGUUUUUGGGACCCUUACAUAUGUAAUUAUUCUGUUUUGUAAUAUACUAGUGUUUACAACAAUUGUCUUCACAAAGAGUUUGCAUUCACCUAUGUUCAUCUUGCUGUUAAACCUGCCUAUACUGGACAUAAUGGGAGCCACUGCUCUUCUCCCUCAGCUGUUACACAGUAUAUUGACAAAUGACCGCUCUGUUUCCUACCCUGGGUGUUUUCUUCAGGCUCUGUUGAUUCACAUCUCUGGUGGAGGAGACUUCUUAUUCUUAACUGCGAUGGCUUAUGACAGAUAUAUUGCUAUAUGCUUGCCUCUUAGGUACCACUCUCUCUUGACGUUCAAUGUUUUGAUAAGAAUCAUCGUAGGCGUUUGGUUAUCUAUCAUCAUUAUUAUGGGAGUGCUGUUGUGUACUACUACACAGUUCAAAUUAUGUAUGAAUAAUAUAGUUGAUAUAUUCUGCAACACUCCCUCUUUAGUGAAACUAACCUGUGAAGACACCAGCGUCAAUAGAAACUAUGGUGUAUUCACUAUCAUAUUAGUCCAAGCUGCACCAGCCGUCAUUGUAACAUACACAUACAUCCAGAUAUUGUUGACUUGUAUGAAGAAUAAGAAGUCAGAUAGGAUAGGGAAAGCUCUCCAAACAUGUGGAACACAUCUGGUGGUUUUUAUAUUCUUACAAUUCAUUUGUAUGCUCACUGUGAUGGCUCACAGAUUUAAGAGUGUGUCCCCAAACCUGAGAAGGGCCCUGGGUAUAGCAUUUAUGGUAUUUCCCCCAGUACUCAAUCCACUUAUAUAUGGGCUCAACACAAAAGAACUGCGGAAAAACAUGAUUCAAAUGGUUAAAAGAUUAAUUUUAAAGAGCCAGUUAACCCACUGAUUCAGAUGGAAUUUGAAACUAUGUGAUUUUAAAGAUGCCUUUUGGCCUGAGAAUUACGUUAUCAAACACGCCAACUUCAUGAUUUUUUCCGAGUACAACAUUUUUAUUUUCUUUUGUUUUAGGGAGAAUGACGAAAACAUAGAAUUUUUCCAAUUUUCUCUAAAUUGGGGACUUAUUUCAAUAACAGUGAAAAAAAGGCAUAGAUUGACGAUCAUAUGAGACAAAUUGCAUAAAACAAAGAUAAAUGGUCUGUGUUCACUU